UUAAAAAGUGCUCUCCAUCUGUUGUUUCUGUUGUUUCUUAGCCACAUCACCGGGUUCUGAGGCUUAAUCUGUCCGACAGCCCUCUAAUUACAUGUGAUGUGAAAAGUCCUGGUCAAUACUUUCCAACAGGCUGUGCUAAAUAAAGAAAUCAAUACAGUGCACAGAGAGGAGGAGGAGGAGGUGGAGUCACUUUGUUCCAGUGAUGAUGUUCCAGACACAAAGUUUGUUUAUCAGAUGUCUGGGGCAUUUAGUUCAACUGAUGCAGAGAUUUGAUAUUUCAGCUGUUUUCGUGCCUUUUGGAGUUUUUAUUUGUUUUAACUGUUAGCUGUUAAAGCCCAGCCCCUGGCCUCUAAACCUGAACAAUGAGCAAUGUUCAGAUACCAGCUGGUUUGAAAGAGCUGCUGCAGGGAUACACAGUGGAGGUUCUUCGUCGCAGGCCUCCAAACCUGGCUGAAUUUGCGGUGCAGCAUUUCACACGGAUUCUGGAGAGCCAACGAAACGAGCAGCGAGCCAAGAAACGCAGCUCUAAACCCAUACGGAAAGGAGUCUCUUUUGAAACCAAUUCGAACAAAUCCAACAAAGACGAUGAAGAGGUUCAGGAGGAGGAGGUGGAGGAGGAGGAGGAGGAGGAGGACACUGUUAAGUGCACCACUGGUAAAUACAGCCGCAGAGUUUCAGUUUGUGCAGAGGCAUACAACCCAGACGAUGAUGAGGAUGACGACUCUGAGCCUCGGGUUGUGCAUCCAAAAACAGACGAGCAGCGCCGCCGGCUUCAGGACGCGUGCAGAGAUAUUCUGCUGUUUAAAACACUGGACCAGGAGCAGUUCUCCGAGGUUUUAGACGCCAUGUUCGAAGUCUUGGUCAAACCUCAAGAGCACAUCAUUGACCAAGGAGACGAUGGGGACAACUUCUAUGUCAUAGAGAACGGGGUGUAUGACAUAUUUGUGCAGAAGGACGGUGUGAGCGUGUGCGUGGGAAAGUACGACAACAAGGGGAGCUUUGGAGAGCUGGCUCUCAUGUACAACACGCCGAGAGCCGCCACGAUCGUCGCAACGGAGGACGGAGCCUUGUGGGGCCUGGAUCGAGCCACAUUCCACAGGCUGAUUGUGAAAAACAACGCGAAGAAGAGGAGGAUGUACGAGGCCUUCAUCGAGUGUGUCCCUCUCCUGAAGUCUCUCGAGCUCUCUGAGAGAAUGAAGAUUGUAGACGUUUUGGGAGCGCGAGCUUUCAAAGAUGGAGAGGUCAUAAUAACGCAGGGUGAGAAGGCUGAUUGUUUCUACAUCGUGGAAUCAGGAGAGGUGAAGAUUCUGAUCAAAAGCAAAACGAAGGCGAGCCUGCAGGAGAACACAGAGGUGGAGGUGGCUCGUUGCUCCAGGGGACAGUACUUCGGGGAGCUGGCGCUGGUCACCAACAAACCUCGUGCAGCUUCAGUUUAUGCUGUGGGAGAAACCAAAUGUUUAGUAAUUGACAUCCAGGCUUUUGAGCGUUUACUGGGGCCAUGCAUGGACAUCAUGAAGAGGAACAUCUGUCAAUAUGAAGACCAGCUGGUGGCGCUGUUUGGCUCCAGUGAAGAUCUCAAACACUAGGCUGAAAUACAGUAAAUCCAUAUUUCAAAAAUCAAUCACAGCAGCAGUGCAUGCGACACAACCAUUCUCCCUUUGAGCUAAAUGUGAGGGAAAAAACUCCUCUCCAUUUUAUAUCCUGCCAAAUAAAUGGAUCCCUGUGUAACUGUGUACCAAAAUAAAAAUGUGACUAAUUAUUCUCUACACCACCACCAAAGAAUAAACUAAAUUUCACUCAUAAGAUGAGAUUUAACAGAUGAAGAAUCCAGGUCUGACAGAUGUUUUGAGGAAAGAAGGAACAUAACUGUAAAUAAUAGUUAUGGAUGCUUUGCCACAGCAACACUUGUCCUACAGUAAAUCAACAUGUUCAGGAGCAGUGGGAAAAGCCUGUUGGGCACCAAGUGGAACAUUUGUUAAUGUUUUUCUAACUAAAGAGGUUGUCUCAUUAUCAGGCUUUUAUUACAACACAGUACCAAGUCAUAAAAUCAGAUACCAUGUAAAUGAACAGUUGCGUUAAGAUGUUUUACAAGAGCUAUGGCGAUGCAUUGUGGCACUUUUCUACCGGCCCUGGUAUCGACCCGGAUCGUUGCACUCAGCCUUACAAGUUGCUCGGACUCAGUAAAGGAAGUCAUCAAGUUCUGUGAAUAAACGCUCUUCUUGGUAUUAAAUGUAGCCAAACUCUUGUUCUAAAUUAAUACAUUUAAGAAAAUAUCUAAAUUAUUCUGCCCAUAAAAAAACCUGUAAAUGUAAAAUAAAGGACUAUCUUAAAUGCUGAUUGUUUCUGGAGUUUGUUUUAUUUCAGUUACAAAAUAUGAAGUGCCAUCAGCAGACUCCACAGGAGAGUUUGCCAACCUUCUUGUGUUACAAGUAUUUACACCCAAAAAUUAAGGAUUCAUCCACCUAAAUUUCCACGCUCUGUUAAGUCCCAGAGUUCAAGUCUCCGUCCAAGUUCCAUUGAAGUUUAAAUAUUUAAAAUAUUUACAAAGUCCUGUAUUCAAAAACUCCCAAAUCGUACUGUAGCUUGUUCAAUGCAACGGCAGGCGCCAGAGGUGCUUCAGUAGUGUGAGAAAAAUGAGCAGAGCUGGUGGAAUUAAAGGAGCUGUUAAUCAACCGUGGUCCUCUACAGGGUCUCCGAAGUUUUACAAGUGAAGUCUGUACAUAAUCAUUUAAAAUUACAAGUUGAAAUGUCUUUUCAUCCAUGGCGGUACAACAGCUUCUAUGAUUUUCUCAUGUGAAGAAAUGAAUAUAACAACCAAUAAGCAGACAGAAAAGGAAACAGGCCACCCAGGUAGUCACCAAACAUCCUGAUUAUUAUUAUUUUUUUUUUUCUUCAGAGCAUCUCCGAAUCCUAAAAUAAAACUCCAAUAAAUAGCAAUACAGCAGAGAAAUGGUCAAGUAAGACUCUUUCUGGUUUGAUCCAUCCCUGAGUUCUUUUGAGAAGGACAAAUACACCAGACCGGAGUGACGGAAAAAAAAAAAGAAAAAAAGAUUUGGUGUGGGAGGGGAAAAAAAAACAUGUUGGUGAAGUAUAUA